AUGACUUUGCUGCAGCAGAUGGAGGAGGCCUCCACACAAAGCAACACCAUCCUCUUGAAUGCGGCGCUGAACUCGCUGACUGGCAGUUGGCUUUCGGCUUUUGCCCUGAAGCAGAAGAUGGACCUGACCGGACUGCAACCCGAUGUCAUCACCUGGAACACGCUUUCCAACAGCUGCACCAAGAGCACCGCAUGGCAUGUGGCCUUCCACUGCCUCGCUGCUCUCACCAGGCGCAGCUUGGAAGCGAGCGUGGCCAGUUACGGUGCGGCCACGGGCGGUUUUUGGCAGGUUGGAGCGUGGGCUGCAUGGAAAUCGGAUCAUCAACAAUGGGGUGCUGGGUGUUUGCGCGACUUGGAAGCACUUCCCAGUCAGGUGGCGGAGCUGCCGGUGGCGCCAGCGGUGGCGAAGAGUUUGGCCGAACCCUUUCGGAAGAAACGCCGCACCGAAGCUCCAGAGCCGGCAGAGCGAGACGCUUCGAUCUGCGCGGUUUGUUUGGAAGCCUUUGGGGACAGGCAAAAGGUGCUUCGCUUGCCUUGCCAGCAUCUUUUUCACGAUUCGUGUUUGCAGCCCUGGAUGGAAAACCGUGGCAGUUGUCCCAAAUGCCGUUCCGCCAUCGAUGCCGCUCUGGAUGUGGCACAGAAAGCGGCCUCGGAACGCGAACUUUGGACAGUGGAGCUUCUGCUUGGAACAACUGCAACCUCUAAGGCACGCCAUGAUGCAAUUGGACACGUUGAGUUUCAGCAGCCUCUGCAGCGCGACCGUCGCCCGCCCGUGCGACGAGAGAAGGGUCAACAGUGGCAGCUGGCCCUGGUGGUGCUCCCGCAGGUGGCUGAAGAGGCCUUGGCCAGGGACACAGUGCUGCGGAGCUCGGUGUUGAGUGCUUGCGAGAAGGGACAUAGGUGGCAGACAGCAUUGUCCUUAUCUCAUCGCAGUUUGGAGGAGGAACCUGAGUGCUUGGAUCUAAUUUGUUUCAACGCCGUCAUCAGCGCCUGCGAAAAGAAAGGCCAGUGGCAAUGGGCUUUGCAUUUGCUGCAGCAGAUCCGUGGCAAUCCAAAGCUGCGAGCAAGCGUGGUGUCGUUCAAUGCCGCCAUCAGUGCAUGUGAAAAAGGAGGUGCUUGGGAAUUCUCGCUGGAGCUGUUGCGUGAGAUUAGCCUUGAGACUCGGCCGGACAUCACCAGCUUCAACGGAGCCAUCAGCGCUGCAGCCAGUGGACGGAGUUGGCAGGUCUCUUUGGACCUGUUUCGUCGCGCAACAGGAGCAGACCUGGUUCCUGAUUUGGUGACCUAUGGCGCAGCAGUGGCAGCCAGCGAGGCGGCGGGGCGUUGGACAUUGGCCCUACAGAUCUUAGACGAUGCCAAGGCAGCGCACAUCCAACUGAACGACAUCGUUUGCAAUGCAGCCAUCAGCGCAUGCGAGAAAGGCAGCACCUGGCCAAUGGCGAUACUGCUCCUGGAUCAGAUGGUUUCGUCAGCAGUGGAGGCCACACUCAUCUCCUUCAACGCAGCCAUGAGUGCCUGCGUGCAGUGCUUCAAUUGGUGUGCUGCUUUGCAGCUGUUUGUGGACGUUCUUGCACCCGGCCUGGGGCUGCGUGCCGAUGCCUUCAGUCUCAACGCUGCGAUCAUGGCCUGCGCGCGGGGUCGCCAAUGGGAGCACGCGCUCGCACUGGUCCUAGACUUCGGGGAGUCAGACGUGCCCACCCUAGAUGCCCUUGCCUGGAAGCUUCCAGCCCGCCAGCGGCUGGCGCUGAUGCCGCGGCUGCAGCAGCAUGCGGUGGGGGAUGGGUCCAAUCUUUGGGAUAUCGGAAGCAGCAGCAGCCUCCAAGGCCAGGCCUUAGGUUCAUCGUUUUCCGACUCCGGUGAAUCAGACGAUGCAGAAAAAGCUGGGUGUGAAGGCGAUCUCACCCCCAGCAGCCGGAGGUGUGAGACUGCGACACCAACAAGCCCACCAGUGGCCAUGAAAGAACCCUCCUCCAGCAUGCGUCAAGCACUGGUGGAAGCCCUUGAGGGGAGAAUGCCAAGUGCUGAGGUGCAAAAAAUGAUGCGCGAUCCGCAGGGCUCCCGGCUAUUAGUGCAGCACCUGUCUGUCAAGCCGAAGGAGGCAUUGCUGGGCGCAGUACUGCAGAAGUUCGUGCGUUUGGCAUGUCACGAACAUGCCUCGGCGGUCUUGUUGGAGUUGAUGGAGGGCGCAGAUGAGCAGCUGGGCAACACAUUCAGCAAAGUGUGCAGGGACGCUGUGCUCAAGCUAGCUCGGGACAAAUUUGGCUGCCGGGUUUUGCAACGCGUUUUGGUUCAGAAAAAAAAGGUCAUGCUGUUCCAUGACUAUCGCCAGGUGGCCCCCAGGGGUGUGCAAAAGGAUUUGGCUUUUGAGCUUGAAGGUGGGAUGAGAUGUGGAGAUCAUGCUAUGGCUGCCGCUGAAGCCUGA